CCCACCUUCAUAGAGAACAAGGUGGGCAAUAAAAAACAAUGACCUUUGAGAGCAAUUUGUAUCAUCCUUUUUGUCAAAAGUGCACAAUGGGAGUCUCGUCUCUGUAUACUUCUGACAAAAGGAUGUUCCAAGACGAGAUUUGUUUUGACUGCUGAAUUGACAUGGCACUAUGCUAAUCAUCAUAUAUGGUUUCUGUUCAAAAAUUAUUUCACAAGAAUCACUGCAACAGUUGUGUGACGCACGCCGAGACGCACGCGAUCUCGACAACCCGACACGAAAAAUGUCCAGUAUUUAACUGGACUACAUCAGCAAGGUGUCAGUGCAUCGAGCCGUAGUCUCUUGGGCUACCACUUCUCCAAUGAAAAUGUACAAGUACAUGAAGAUUUCGCUGGUAUUUCUCUGCUACUGUAUCCUGCCCUGUGACGGUGUCGUGGACAGCAGUCGGUUGAAGACAGAGGACGGGCUCUCUCCAGGCGGAGGACACGGGUCGUCCAUGCCAGGCUCUAACCCGCCUGGUAACCGGUGGUUAUAUGGCAGCAAGAUGUCUAUGAUGUCCUGGUACCGCUUCAUUAUCCACUGUUCUACAGACUUACUGUGCUGUUUGUUUGAAGACUGCUGCUAUGACGUGGCCCACCACUGUGCCAGCAGUCAGAACAGUGGUGUAUUGGCCGCUCCACCCCUGGGUCUGCCCCCAGGGAAUGGCAGUAGUCAGAUGGCACAGGGCAGCUCUGGCCGGGACACGGGUAGCGACAUCUCAGAGGUAGAGCAUAUUGUACAGCAUGCUGGCUUCAUGACAUGCACACCAAUUCAGAAGAAUGCUGAUUUCACAGUUGGUCGUUCGUCAAGUUUGCCGAGAAUGUCCCAGGCCUCCUGGCACCACGUGUACCCCGUCUGGACGCUGGCUCAGUGCCCGGACGCCUGGCAGGACAGCGACGUCAGGCAGCAAUGUGUCAACGCUACCAGGGCAGACUUUGAGACCUUCCUCCCCGUCACGGACGCCAAUGGUGUGACGUACGCUAAUAAGUACUGCGCGCUGUGUCACGGGGUCAGGGACAGCGUUCAGUGGCACGUGCAGGUGAAAUGCAUGCUGACACCCGUGGAAGAAUUCCUGAAUUGUACGUCGUGGCAAUGCAUCCUAGAGAUGGUUCUCCUGAAGUAUGAUUGCUAUGCGAUGUUAAAACCGAGCAGGUACCCUAAUAGGCCGAGGUUCUGUUUCCCUCCAGUGAACGCUAAUGACGUGGAGCCGUGUGAUUUUGAGCUGGUGAACAACACGCUGUACGAGACGUCCAGUCUGCGUGGCUCUGACGUGCAGUCCUCUCUGCGUGACACGUGUCUCUCUUACACAGCGGUGACACAGACGAGUCUUUACAAAAGUAUCCAGGUGUUUAAGAACUACCAUUGCAUGCUGUGCUAUGCCGGGAUAAGGUACCAAGAAGGAUCAUACCCGUCACUUAUCAGGAAGUACAUGCCCCCAAGUUUUAGUUCUUUGCUGAGGAUCAGCGACGACAGCGCAGAGUGGAACGUGGACAAGGCCACCCAGCCCUGCCCAGUAGGCUUCAAGUCAAUUGGUGGAGAGUGCAGCCCGCUUUUACACGCUUUUGAGCGCGUGUUCUAUCAAGUGAAGUUUGUCUUUGCACCUGAUGGCUGGAACCUUACUGAACGCCCGGUCAUUAAUAUUUGUGGCAAAAUUGAUACCAGUAUAGGACAUAUGGCUAUUGCUUUUAACCUUUCGCUGAUGGAGCCUUACGACUGCAGUUUGCAGAUGGCAGAAGAGGGUUCGGCUCUCAGCAUCAUGUAUGUGGCAAGGAUUUCAAGGAAUUCUCCCAGCGUCUCCUACAUCGAGGGUUGGAAACAGAUGGUAUGUCUGCUGCCAUCCAUGGACAAGUUUCUGGAAAAGCGUUUAAUCAAGUUGGCUGAGGGAUCUCUGUAUCUGAUGGCCAGACCGCGCGAUGCCGACAUGUGUGGCAAUGGCGGCAAUAAGACUCGGUCCACUGAAGUCCUAGACGGCGCCACGCAUACCACGACGGCGUCCUCUUCUGUGUCUCCGGCUGUCCCCAUUUAUUAUAUCACACUUUACGCUCAGGUUGCGUUCUUGUCUUUAAGCUUUACCGUCAUGUGAUUAAAUACAGGGUAGAAACCCGCAAACUAAAUAUUGAUUUGCGCGGAGAGGAGGUAUAUAUGAAAUAUAUAAUACUGUUGUAAAGUAAAUGACUUACACUUUCACUAAUUGCAAGUAAUAAUUAAAGGAGAAUCAAACGAGUGAAAGGAUAGAGAGUUAUUAAGUGUAAAUUAAAUUUAUUUAACAGUCAACAAGUGCAGGAAUUGUUUUCGUGGUAGGAAAAGAUGGAACAUGUCAAAGUCACCUACAUAGUUCGAUUUGAUUGGUUAAUUUCUCAAUAGAUUUGCAAGUUUCUUACACGUGUAAAACACUUGCAAACUAAGGCUGGAUAUGGUCCAAGCAUGAGUAAUUCAUGUAAUGUUUAAAAUAAAUUAAAAACAAGUUUCUAAUAAAGUACCUAAUCAGGAAAUGUUGAACGGUGGUUUGCAAUAUGAGAAUGGAAAAUCACGCAAUGUGAUCACGCAAAGACAAUGGAAAGAAAACAAGGAAAUGCGUGACCAGAAAGGUGAAAUUGCGUAUAAAUACUUGUAAAUUUGUAUGAAAAAGAGAC